GGCGUGUACCAAAUCAAACCUCCCAAUGCACCGACAGCGUUCACUGUUCAGUGUAACAUGAACGACGGGGGAGGCACCAUGUUCAUGAAGAAUGCUCAAUGGGACCCAGAUAUAACGACGGAUAAGCUAUGGGCAGACUACAAAGCUGGAUUUGGCAUCGUGAUGGACAAUCAUUGGUUAGGUCUGGAGUACAUGCAUUAUGUAUCAGCCAAUCGUCCACAAUCAGCUUUUAUGGAGGUCUUCAGUGACAUUGAUUAUAAGGGCCGAUGGCGUAAAUAUGACGACUUCAGGAUAGAUGAUGAAGCUUCUGGUUACAGGUUGACGUAUUCUGGAUCCGAUCCUUGGACACAAACAGAUGCAGAUGCUGAUCCUAAUUGGAUAAAAGCCAUUCUACCGAUCCCACUCGGAGAUUCAAUGGUCGGAUUGAACGGAACCAAAUUUAGUACCAAAGAUACUGACAACGACGGGAAUAGUACUGUGAAUUGUGCUGCUGAUUUUAAAGGUGGUUGGUGGUAC